GAUGUAGGCAGGUACUCUCAGUGCAUCACCGUUUUUGUCUUGGCUUCUACCAAACUAUGGAUUCUGUAUGUGAGCUGGAGCCGGAGUCACUUAUCGGAAUUUAAAGGGGUUUUAUGCCUCUCCAUUCAGCAGCCGGUGUAUCUUCCGAACCGCGCUCAGUUACAGCUUAAACUAGCCCACGAACAGCACGGAUCGCUGGAGUUCACUCUAUCGCUUGGUGUGUUUUUAACUGUAUCCGAUUGCGCUUCCGCCAUGUUGAAGUGAUUCAAGUUGUGAGUGACUGCUGGGACUCAGUGAGGUGACAAGCCUUUAGAAAUCGAACUAGACAAGAGAGUUAGGGGGGCUGUUACCGCGCCGGUGACGCAGGAAAAACACCCAGGAGCAGAGAAGGAAAUCGUUGGAAUUAGACAUUAUAACACCAGGUUUUUGUCCUGCCAAACUGUCACCGAUAUAGGCCACGUUUAUGUAAUAUACGACGACAGCAAUCGUUCCGGACUGGACGUAGCCCGUGAAUAGAGGAGGAAGUCAUAUCAAAUUCCUGGGUUAUGCAAUGGUCUCAGCAGCACAUCCAGAUCUCCAGGUGCUUGUGUCCCUCUCUUGUGUGUCCGGGCUCUCUUCCCUCUGCUUUACAGCUGAGGUGGCUGUGAUUUCCCACCUGGCCAGCGCUCCCUAAGAGGCCAAGAUUGCCAAGAUCUGCCCUGUGGCGAGCAUGACAGCCACCACGCGUGGCUCUCCGGUGGGGGGCAAUGACAGUCAGGGUCAGGGCCAGGGCCAGGGCCAGGCACCUGAUGCUCAGAGCCAGCCCCCACUGCCACAGAACCAGACAUCAUCCCCUAACUCAUCUAACGAAAACUCUCCAGUAAGCCCACCAGAUGAGCCAGGUCAGGGGGACGGGACCCCUCAGCUGGAAGAGGAGGAGCCUGCUUUUCCUCACACUGACCUAGCCAAACUGGACGACAUGAUCAACAGGCCCCGUUGGGUUGUUCCAGUUUUGCCAAAAGGAGAGUUAGAAGUCCUCUUGGAAGCUGCUAUAGAUCUGAGUAAAAAAGGACUGGAUGUGAAAUGCGAGGCAUGUCAGAGGUUCUUCCGGGACGGGCUGACCAUCUCCUUCACAAAGAUCCUGACAGAUGAGGCAGUUAGUGGUUGGAAAUUUGAGAUUCAUAGGUGUAUCAUCAAUAACACACACCGGUUGGUUGAGUUGUGUGUGGCCAAGCUCUCUCAGGACUGGUUCCCUCUACUAGAGCUUCUUGCCAUGGCCACAAACCCUCACUGCAAGUUCCACAUCUACAACGGCACACGACCCUCGGAGACAGUCCCUGCCGGAGCCCAGCUGGCUGACGACGAGCUCUUUGCCCGACCACCAGACCCACGUUCCCCUAAGGGCUGGCUGGUGGACUUAAUAAAUAAAUUUGGCACGUUAAACGGGUUUCAAAUUUUGCACGAUCGCUUCAUGAGUGGCGAAGCACUGAAUGUCCAGAUCAUCGCUGCACUUAUCAAGCCUUUUGGCCAGUGUUACGAGUUCCUCACAUUGCACACGGUAAAGAAGUACUUUCUUCCAGUCAUUGAGAUGGUUCCCCAGUUUCUAGAGAAUCUAACAGACGAGGAGCUCAAGAAAGAGGCCAAGAAUGAAGCCAAAAACGACGCACUGUCCAUGAUAAUCAAGUCUCUGAAGAAUCUGGCUUCACGUGUUCCAGGGCAGGAGGAAACAGUGAAGAAUUUAGAGAUUUUUAGGUUAAAAAUGAUUCUUAGGUUAUUACAAAUUUCUUCUUUUAAUGGGAAAAUGAAUGCACUAAAUGAAGUAAACAAGGUGAUAUCCAGUGUGUCCUAUUACACUCACCGGCAUAACCCUGAAGAGGAGGAAUGGCUGACUGCAGAGCGCAUGGCGGAGUGGAUCCAGCAGAACCACAUCCUGUCCAUUGUGCUCAGAGACAGUUUGCACCAGCCGCAGUAUGUCGAGAAACUGGAGAAGAUCCUUCGCUUCGUCAUUAAAGAAAAAGCUCUUACAAUGCAGGAUCUGGAUAACAUCUGGGCUGCACAGGCUGGUAAACAUGAAGCUAUUGUGAAAAAUGUCCAUGAUCUCCUUGCGAAGUUGGCGUGGGACUUCUCUCCUGAGCAACUCGAUCACCUUUUUGACUGCUUCAAGGCGAGCUGGACCAAUGCCAGCAAGAAACAGCGUGAAAAACUGUUGGAGCUAAUCCGGCGGUUGGCUGAGGAUGAUAAGGAUGGCGUGAUGGCUCACAAGGUCCUCAACCUGUUGUGGAACCUGGCACACAGUGAUGAUGUGCCUGUAGAUAUUAUGGACCAGGCUCUUAGUGCCCACAUUAAGAUACUGGAUUAUAGUUGCUCUCAGGACAGAGACACACAGAAAAUCCAGUGGAUUGAUCGUUUCAUAGAGGAGCUUCGAACCAAUGACAAAUGGGUGAUUCCAGCUCUAAAGCAAAUCAGAGAAAUUUGUAGUCUCUUUGGAGAAGCUCCCCAAAAUCUAAGAAAGAAAAUGCCAAUUUACAUACAUGCAAACUUAAUGGGUCAAACCCAGAGAAGCCCUCACGUCUUUUAUCGACAUGACCUGAUCAACCAGCUGCAGCAUAACCAUGCUCUGGUGACACUGGUGGCUGAGAACCUCUCCGCCUACAUGGAGACCAUGAGGCAGUUCUCCAAAGAGGAACAAGCAGAGUUUGACCCCCAGACAGUCAGACCAGGAAGCCGGUACAGCCAUGUUCAGGAAGUACAGGAACGGCUCAACUUCCUGAGGUUUCUUCUAAAAGAUGGUCAGUUGUGGCUCUGUGCCCCUCAGGCCAAGCAGAUCUGGAAGUGCCUGGCCGAGAAUGCUGUGUUUCUCUGUGACCGUGAGGCAUGUUUCAAAUGGUACUCAAAACUCAUGGGGGACGAGCCAGACCUGGAUCCGGACAUCAAUAAGGACUUCUUUGAGAACAAUGUGUUGCAGUUGGACCCAUCUCUGCUGACAGAGAAUGGAAUGAAGUGCUUUGAGAGGUUUUUCAAGGCAGUCAACUGCAGGGAGGGCAAGCUGGUUGCAAAGCGCCGGGCCUACAUGAUGGAUGACCUGGAACUAAUUGGCUUGGACUACCUCUGGAGGGUGGUAAUUCAAGGAAAUGAUGACAUUGCCAACCGUGCAAUAGACCUGCUGAAAGAGAUCUAUACCAACCUCGGACCAAAACUGCAAGUCAAUCAGGUUGAAAUUCAUGAAGAUUUCAUCCAGUCAUGUUUUGACCGUCUGAAGGCAUCCUAUGACACACUGUGCGUGUUGGACGGAGACAAGGACAGCAUCAACUGCGCCCGGCAGGAGGCCAUCCGCAUGGUGCGAGUUCUCACAGUGCUCAAGGAGUAUAUUAAUGAGUGUGACAGCGACUACCAUGAAGAGAGGACUAUACUGCCAAUGUCCAGGGCUUUCCGUGGUAAACACAUCACAUUGAUCGUCCGGUUCCCCAACCAGGGUCGUCAGGUGGAUGACCUGGAUAUCUGGUCACAUACCAAUGACACAAUUGGCUCAGUUCGGCGGGGUAUUCUAAACAGGAUCAAAGCGAAUGCUGCACAUACUAAGAUAGAGCUCUUCAUUGGUGGAGAGGUUGUUGAUCCUGCUGAUGACAGAAAGCUGAUUGGGCAGCUUAAUUUGAAGGACAAGACGCUGAUUACAGCCAAGCUCACACAAGUGAGUGCCAACAUGCCCUCAAGCCCUGACAGCUCCUCUGACUCAUCCACUGGCUCCCCUGGUAACCACGGAAACCACUAUAGCGAUGGGCCUAACCCUGAGGUGGAGAGCUGUCUUCCUGGUGUGAUCAUGUCACUGCACCUGCGCUACAUCUCCUUCCUGUGGCAGGUGGCUGACCUUGGCUGCAACCUCAACAUGCCUCUACUAAGAGACGGAGCUCGAGUUCUUAUGAAGCUCAUGCCUCCAGAUAACACUACAGUAGAGAAUCUGAGGGCUGUGUGUCUGGACCAUGCUAAACUUGGAGAGAACAGCCUUAGUCCUUCGCUGGACUCUCGCUUCUUCGGCCCAUCACCUUCACAAGUGCUCUACCUCAUUGAGGUUGUAUAUGCUUUGCUGAUGCCAGCCAGUGCCACUCUGGGCGAAGAUGCCAGUGAUUUCCAGUACAACUUCCUUAAGAGUGGUGGGCUGCCUCUAGUUUUGAGCAUGCUCACCAGGAACAACUUUCUUCCGACAGCAGAUAUGGAGACGAGGCGUGGAGCUUAUCUCAACGCGCUGAAAAUCGCCAAGCUCCUCCUGACUUCUGUGGGCUUCGGACAUGUUAAGGCUGUGGCAGAGGCCUGUCAACCCAACGCUGAGGGAAACAUUCCUGUCUCUCCGAUUAACCAGGCCACUCAUGAUCAGGCUUUGGUCCUCCAGAGUGCCCUGCAAAACAUCCCCAACCCCGCCUCUGAGUGCAUGUUGCGUAAUGUAGCUAUUCGCCUGGCUCAGCAGAUCUCUGAUGAGGUAACAAAAAAUAAUUUCUUUCAGGCAUCAAAGUACCUUCCUGAUAUAUGCGUGAUUCGAGCCGUACAGAAAAUAGUAUGGGCUUCUGGUUGUGGUACCGUGCAACUGGUAUUCAGCUCCAAUGAAGAAAUCAGCAAGAUCUAUGAAAAGACAAAUGCGGCAAAGGAGCCAGAUGGGGAAGAUGAGCAAGUUUGUUGCGAAGCCCUGGAAGUUAUGACGUUAUGUUUUGCUCUUAUGCCCACGGCUUUGGACACACUGAGUAAAGAGAAAGCCUGGCAGACCUUCAUCAUAGACCUGCUGCUACACUGCCAUAGCAAAUCUGUCCGUCAGAUGGCACAGGAGCAGUUCUUCUUGAUGGCAACUAGGUGUUGCAUGGGUCAUCGACCUCUGCUCUUUUUCAUCACCCUCCUCUUUACUGUGCUAGGGAGUACAGCCAAGGAACGAGCCAAAUAUGCAGGGGAUUACUUCACUUUACUCAGGCAUCUGCUGAACUACGCCUACAACAGCAACAUCAACCUGCCAAAUGCUGAAGUGCUGCUUAACAAUGAGAUUGACUGGCUAAAACGGAUAAGGGAUGAGGUAAAGAGGACGGGUGAGACUGGCGUUGAGGAGACCAUUCUGGAGGGACACCUUGGUGUCACCAAAGAACUUCUGGCCUUUCAGACACCAGAGAAGAAAUAUUACAUUGGCUGUGAGAAGGGAGGCGCAAAUCUCAUUAAGGAGCUGAUUGACGAUUUCAUUUUCCCAGCAUCCAAUGUUUACUUGCAGUACAUGAAGAGUGGGGAGUUUCCCACAGAGCAGGCCAUCCCAGUGUGCAGUACUCCUGCUUCCAUCAACGCUGGCUUUGAGCUCCUGGUGGCGCUGGCAGUGGGUUGUGUUCGCAAUCUCAAACAAAUAGUGGACACGUUAACUGACAUGUACUACUUGGGUUGUGAAACGUUGACAGAGUGGGAGUAUUUGCCUCCAGUGGGACCGCGGCCCAACAAGGGCUUUGUUGGCCUGAAGAAUGCCGGUGCUACCUGUUAUAUGAACUCUGUCAUCCAGCAGUUGUACAUGAUCCCUCCCAUUCGUAAUGGCAUUCUGGCCAUUGAGGGCACAGGCACUGAUGUGGAUGAUGACAUGUCAGGGGAUGAGAAGCAGGAGAAUGAGAGUAACGUAGAUCCUCGUGAUGAGGUGUUCAGCUAUCACCAUCAGUUCGAUGACAAGCCUUCCAGCAAGUCAGAGGACAGGAAAGAGUACAAUAUUGGGGUUCUACGCCACCUGCAGGUCAUCUUUGGCCAUUUAGCGUCAUCCAGACUGCAGUACUAUGUUCCCAGAGGAUUCUGGAAGCAGUUCCGGUUGUGGGGUGAACCUGUGAACCUGCGGGAGCAGCAUGAUGCUCUGGAAUUCUUCAACUCUUUGGUGGAUAGUCUGGAUGAAGCCCUGAAAGCUCUUGGCCACCCUGCAAUGCUCAGUAAAGUCCUUGGAGGAUCUUUUGCCGACCAAAAAAUCUGUCAAGGAUGUCCCCACAGGUAUGAAUGUGAGGAGUCAUUCACUACAUUGAAUGUAGACAUCAGAAACCACCAGAACCUGCUGGACUCCAUGGAGCAAUAUGUUAAAGGAGAUCUGCUGGAGGGAGCAAACGCCUAUCACUGUGAGAAAUGUAAUAAGAAAGUGGACACAGUGAAGCGGCUUCUGAUCAAGAAGUUGCCACCAGUCUUGGCCAUCCAGCUGAAACGCUUCGACUACGACUGGGAGCGGGAGUGUGCCAUCAAGUUCAAUGACUACUUUGAAUUCCCCAGGGAGCUGGACAUGGAGCCAUACACUGUAGCUGGUGUGGCCAAGUUGGAGGGUGACGACGUCAAUCCGGAGAACCAGGUGAUCCAGCAGAACGAGCCCUCUGAACCCACACCUCCAGGCAGCUCUAAGUACCGUCUGGUAGGAGUGCUGGUCCACUCAGGCCAGGCCAGCGGCGGACACUACUACUCCUACAUCAUCCAGAGAAACGGGGGUGACGGAGAAAAGAACCGCUGGUAUAAAUUUGAUGACGGCGACGUGACUGAAUGCAAAAUGGAUGAUGAAGAGGAAAUGAAGAAUCAGUGCUUUGGAGGGGAGUACAUGGGCGAGGUGUUUGACCACAUGAUGAAGAGGAUGUCGUACAGGAGGCAAAAGCGUUGGUGGAAUGCCUACAUCCUUUUCUAUGAGCGAAUGGACUCACUGGACAAGGACAGCGAGCUUGUCAAAUACAUCUCUGAGCUGACCAUCUCUAACAAACCAAAUCAGGUCAAGAUGCCCAGCGUCAUCGAGUGCAGCGUCCGAAAGCAGAACGUCCAGUUCAUGCACAACAGAAUGCAAUACAGCCUGGAAUAUUUCCAGUUCAUUAAGAAACUUCUGACCUGUAACAGUGUCUAUUUAAACCCCCCUCCAGGACAAGAACAUCUUCUGCCUGAGGCAGAGGAGAUUGCUAUGAUAAGUGCUCAGCUGGCUGCUAGGUUCCUCUUCAGCACAGGUUUCCACACCAAGAAAGUAGUACGGGGUCCUGCCAGUGACUGGUACGAUGCCCUCUGUAUCCUGCUGAGACACAGCAAGAAUGUACGCUUUUGGUUUGCACACAACGUCCUAUUUGCUUACCCCAACCGUUUCUCGGAGUACUUGCUAGAGUGCCCGAGUGCUGAGGUCCGUGGGGCGUUCGCCAAGCUCAUUGUCUUCAUCGCUCACUUCUCACUGCAAGACGGGCCCUGCCCUUCCCCCACCACCUCGCCUGGACCCUCAACUCAGAGCUGUGACAACCUCAGUCUAAGUGACCGUCUAUUAAGAGCUGUACUCAACCUGCUCAGAAGAGAGGUUUCUGAACACGGCCGUCACCUGCAGCAGUACUUCAACCUCUUUGUCAUGUAUGCCAACCUUGGGUUGGCAGAGAAGACGCAGUUGCUGAAGCUAAAUGUCCCUGCCACAUUUAUGUUGGUUGCUCUGGAUGAGGGCCCUGGACCUGCCAUUAAGUACCAGUACGCCGAGUUGGGAAAGCUCUACACUGUGGUUUCUCAGCUCGUCCGCUGCUGUGACGUCUCUGCACGCAUGCAGUCAUCCAUCAAUGGUAAUCCUCCUCUUCCUAACCCUUACGGCGACCCCAACCUCACAGCCCCAGUGAUGCCUGUGCAGCAACUAGUGGCAGAGAUCCUGUUUGUGAGGACCAGCUAUGUGAAGAAGAUUAUUGAAGACUGCAGCAACUCAGAGGAGACAGUGAAGCUACUUCGCUUCAGCUGCUGGGAGAAUCCUCAAUUCUCCUCCACUGUGCUUAGUGAGCUUCUCUGGCAGGUGGCAUACUCCUAUACCUAUGAGCUAAGGCCUUAUCUGGACCUGCUGCUACAGAUCCUUCUUAUUGAGGACUCGUGGCAGACACACAGGAUCCACAAUGUGCUAAAGGGAAUUCCUGACGAUAGAGACGGGCUGUUUGACACCAUCCAGCGCUCCAAAAACCACUAUCAAAAGAGGGCCUACCAGUGCAUCAAGUGCAUGGUGGCACUGUUCAGCAACUGCUCAGUGGCUUAUCAGAUCCUACAGAGUAACGGGGACCUGAAACGAAAAUGGACAUGGGCUGUGGAGUGGUUAGGGGACGAGCUGGAGAGGAGACCCUACACAGGAAACCCUCAGUACACGUACAACAACUGGUCACCCCCUGUUCAGAGCAACGAGACGUCCAAUGGAUAUUUCCUAGAGCGCUCACACAGUGCCCGUAUGACGCUGGCCAAGGCCUGUGAACUCUGUCCCGAGGAGCUCAAGUUUACCCAGGGAAGCCCAGGGAAGGAGCCAGAUGAACAGGAGGCACCUGAUGAUCAAGACUCCUCUCCCCCUGAGGACACCUCCUUGUACCCACACUCUCCUGGAACCACUCAGUUCCAGCAAAACAACCAUCCUCAUGGGCAGCCGUACACCGGUCCUGCUGCUCAGCACAUGAACAACCCCCAACGUCCUGGACCUGCCUCUGCCCCGACUCCCGGUCCAACCCAAACCUCCACCCCAGUUCCUGGUCCCACUCCUGGUCCAGGCCCGCGAGCACAAGAGAACUGGGAGAGUGGCGAGGAGGUGACCCCAGCUCCCACCUCUGCCCCGGCACCUGUCCCACCUAAGGAGUAACAGCCCCUCCUCUUCUUCCUCUGCUGUGCCUCGAGCCUCCAUCGUCCUGCUCUCCUUCCUCAACAUAAUUUUUGGUCUACGGAGCUCCUCAUCAGGCGCCUCUCUCUUAUUUCUCUCUCUCUGGCCCCAGGUCAGGGCAGAGCCAGGCCUCUUACCAACCCAUCAACCCUUACCAACCUCACCACUCAUGGCUGCUAUCAGUCCUGGGGAGGUGCUCUUCCCUGGCCUGGGGGUGUCCAAGUGUGUGACAGCAGCCAGCAGGUGGCUGCAGAGGCGAGGGAGCGGACAAGAGUUCUAAAUAUAAGAAGAAAAAAAAAAACCAACAAAUUUUAGUCCGAGCUGACGAUGCUGAUGCGCUUGUCUACACGACAUAAAGGUGUACAUAGUAUCUUAAUGUUCCUGACUGUUGGGGUCCCCCAGUAGCAUAACUCUUGUUUGGUUUGCUGUUGGGAGAUGUUGGAAAUGUAAUGAAAAAUGGAUAUUAUAAAUAAGAAAAAAAAAAAAAAAAAAAAAAGAAAGAAAAUGCCCAAAAAAACUGUAAGAAGACGACGACUCCUCUUUGUUUUAUCACCCAUGCUCGGCAGUAAAGUUUGUUCUACCAUCGGACAGUUCCAGGUCAUUCAACUGUAGAAAGAGGCAUUAUUAUUAUCAUAGUUGAUAUUAUUCUUAAGCUCCUCGGCAACUUUCUGACCCAUGCCAAAUCAACACACAAGCUGUGGUUGGUUUUAAUUAUGAGAGCCAGAAUUGGUCGGGUGGACUUCUACGGUGUUUGGUUGACGUGAAAAAGCAGUGAUGCAACAUAGUUCUGAAACUCAUUGCCUUUCUUUUUUCCCCCUUUUUUCUUUCUUUUUUUUAUUCCAGGAUUCAACCCUUUUUGAAGCUCUAAUUAAUAUGCUGUAACAUUUAGCAUGGCUUCUCACCAGAAGUAGUGUAGCCCAAGGGAAGACUUGUGACAUAACAACCUUAAACUGUUUGUAAUCCACAUCUCCAGGAGGGUGUAGCUACCCUUUGUGUGUGUUUUCUUUUCCUUCCUCUUUUUUUGUUUUUUUUUACUCAUAUACCCUAUCUACAGUAAGGGCAAUAUUUUGAAGCGGUGUAUGAACAAGUAGGCUUUUCAAUUGCUCAUCGUAAUCUUACACCUUUACAUUCGACAGCCAGUUAUGGUGGGAUAGACAGCUUAGCUUUUUCAUCUAUAGGAAUUCUACAAAAAUGAAACUUGUAUGCAACAGAGUCACUGCACAGGGCUUUCUGGUGAAUCAUCGACUGUGUGGUUUGUUUCGGUCUCUACAGUAGAGCCUAGUCGUAGACAGACAUGUUGCCCAUAGGCUUCCUCUCUGUCAUGGAGCUGGUCAGGAUUUAAGGUCUGGCUGCAGUUCAGGUGACAAAGAGUCCAAACCUGAGUGGCAGUCAGACCUUCGCCCUCCCACUCCAUCAGAGACAGGGUUGUACCGUCAGAAUAGCAGGUGGUUAGUCAUGUUGAAACCCGAGCUAACUUGUAAUUUUGUAGGAGUAAAAGGUUAAAAAAAAAAAACAACACAUCAGUAAAUACUGUAUUUAAUUGGUAACUUGAAUGCGUGUAUUUCUUUUUUCUUUUUUCUUUUUUUGGAAUUUUACUUUUUUUUGUCUAAAAACAUACCAAAUACUCCUGCAAGUGAAAAUAUUCUGCCCACCGUAUUAUAUUUAAAUAUUUUGCUCUUAUUUUAUAGAAUUUAUUUUGUUGUAUUUCACUAAAAUAGAAUUUGAUUUAAGAGGAACAUUUUGUCCUUGUGUUAUUUUUAAAGAAGAUAUUGACUGUACAGAGUUCUGCGCCCUGUUUUUUGCCGACUUUUGUUUUGGCCAUGGUGUGACGUUGAAUUCUGGAGCUACAGUCGCGAUGUGGACUUUCACUUUGUGAGGUUUUUUGUGCACAGAAAUAUAACAAAAAAAAAGCAUUGCGCCCUUAGCAAAUAAAGAACAUGGAAUCUUG